AGGACCCAGGUGAGGUGGGGUCAGGCUCCUCCAGCAGUCCACCAUGGUGGUGGCACACCCCGCCACCACUGCCACCACCACACCCACCUCCACCGUCACGGCCACCGUCGUGAUGACCACAGCCACCAUGGACCUCCGGGACUGGCUGUUCCUCUGCUACGGGCUCAUCGCCUUCCUGACGGAGGUCAUUGACAGCACCACCUGCCCCUCAGUGUGUCGCUGCGACAAUAGCUUCAUCUACUGCAAUGACCGGGGGCUCACCUCCAUCCCCGCUGACAUCCCCGACGACGCCACCACCCUCUACCUGCAGAACAACCAGAUCAACAAUGCCGGCAUCCCCCAGGACCUCAAGACCAAGGUUAACGUGCAGGUCAUCUACCUGUACGAGAACGACCUGGACGAGUUCCCCAUCAACCUGCCACGCUCCCUGCGGGAGCUGCAUCUGCAAGACAACAACGUGCGCACCAUCGCCAGAGACUCACUGGCCCGCAUCCCGCUGCUGGAGAAGCUGCACCUGGAUGACAACUCCGUGUCCACCGUCAGCAUAGAGGAGGAUGCCUUCGCUGACAGCAAGCAUCUCAAGCUGCUCUUCCUGAGCCGCAACCACCUGAGCAGCAUCCCCUCGGGGCUGCCCCACACACUGGAGGAACUGCGCCUGGAUGACAACCGCAUCUCCACCAUCCCGCUGCACGCCUUCAAGGGCCUCAACGGCCUGCGGCGCCUGGUGCUGGACGGCAACCUGCUGGCCAACCAGCGCAUCGCCGACGACACCUUCAGCCGCCUGCAGAACCUCACUGAGCUCUCACUGGUGCGCAACUCGCUGGCCGCGCCACCCCUCAACCUGCCCAGUGCCCACCUGCAGAAGCUCUACCUGCAGGACAACGCCAUCAGCCACAUCCCCUACAACACACUGGCCAGGAUGCGGGAGCUGGAGCGGCUGGACCUGUCCAACAACAACCUUACCACCCUGCCCCGCGGCCUGUUCGACGACCUGGAGAACCUGGCCCAGUUGCUGCUCCGUAACAACCCGUGGUUCUGCGGCUGUAACCUCAUGUGGCUGCGGGACUGGGUGAAAGCACGGGCGGCCAUGGUCAACGUGCGGGGCCUUAUGUGCCAGGGCCCCGAGAAGGUCCGGGGCAUGGCCAUCAAGGAUAUCACCAGCGAGAUGGACGAGUGCUUCGAGACGGGGGCACAGGGCGGCUCAGCCCACGCCGCCGCCAAAACCACAGCCAGCAACCAUGCCUCAGCCACAACGCCCCAGGGCUCCCUGUUCACCCUCAAGGCCAAGAGGCCAGGGCUGCGCCUCCCCGAUUCCAACAUCGACUACCCCAUGGCCACCGGCGACAGCGCCAAGGCCCUGGUCAUCCACGUGAAGCCCCUGACCGCGGACUCCAUCCGCAUCACGUGGAAGUCCACGCUCCCUGCCUCCUCCUUCCGGCUCAGCUGGCUGCGCCUGGGCCACAGUCCAGCCGUGGGCUCCAUCACGGAGACCCUGGUGCAGGGGGACAAGACAGAGUACCUGCUGACGGCCCUGGAACCCAAGUCCACCUACAUCAUCUGCAUGGUCACCAUGGAGACCGGCAACACCUACGCGGCCGAUGAGACACCCGUGUGUGCCAAGGCGGAGACAGCCGACAGCUAUGGCCCCACCACCACACUCAACCAGGAGCAGAAUGCAGACUCCAUGGCGGGCCUGCCCCUGGCAGGCAUCAUCGGUGGCGCCGUGGCAAUUGUGUUCCUCUUCCUAGUCCUGGGGACCAUCUGCUGGUAUGUGCACCGGACCGGUGAGCUGUUGAGCCGGGAGAGGGCCUAUAACCCGGGCAGCCGGAAAAAGGACGACUAUAUGGAGUCGGGGACCAAGAAGGAUAACUCCAUCCUGGAAAUUCGAGGUCCUGGGCUACAGAUGCUGCCCAUCAACCCGUACCAUGCCAAAGAAGAGUACGUGGUACACACCAUCUUUCCCUCCAACGGCAGCAGCCUCUGCAAGGGCACGCACACCAUCGGCUAUGGCACCACGCGGGGCUACCGGGACGGCGGCAUCCCCGACAUAGACUAUUCCUACACAUGAUGCCCGCCCCACCCAGGCCGCCCCUGCCCCGGCUCCUGGCGCCCUGCCCACCCCGGCUUGGCAGCGUGGCUUUGCCCAGCCUGCUGCGAUCCAAGAGAGCAAGGAAAAGAAAUUCCCCAGGUGACUUUCCCAGCACAAAGCAAAGUUUGGGGAGGGCUGACGAUUUUAUAGAAAACAAUAAUGGGGGAAUUUUUUUUUUUUUUUAAAGAAUAGAAGGCAGGAGGGGGAUUCGAGGUUGCCGAAGACAUAAUUUAUACAGAAUGAUGCCAGCUGGGGAGGGAAGGACUAAAAAUAAAAUGGCAGGAAGGGUUGGGCUGUUUUUUUUUUUUUCCCUGAAGUGGAAAGAUACUACCUGUACAACCACUGUGUUCGGGGCCGUCACAAAAGAACCAUCAGAGAAAGGCAGUCGACACCCGAGGCCCCCACACAGCUCUCUUGCUGGCGGCUGCUCCUGAUGGAAGGUUUUCAGCCUCCUCACAAAGGCGAGAGGGAAGAAAAGAUCUUUUGCUAUGGAGAUAUUGUCCUGAAAUCUCUUUCCCAGUUCCUUGCAUACCAUUUCCCUUACAGAUUUGCAGAAAGAUUGUGUCUUUCACUGCAUUCUCUGAACAAUUAUGUAGUCGGUUAAAAAAACAAAAACAACUUUUUUCUUUUCUAUACUGAAAACCUCUUCAGUUCCACGCACCACACUCUGCAGAAGCCCCGACGGAAGCUGUCGCUUUCCCUGCCGCUCGGAGGUGCAGCUCUCUACCCGUCUGUCUCUUACGUCGUGCAUCUAAAUACAGAGGGGUAGAUAGAGCCACAUAUACGGUCCUUACAGUACUUCUUGGGUCAGUUCUUACAAUUCCCUGAGACAACAGAAUCUUGAA